CGAAUAUCUAAAUGUUAUUGCGAAAAGUAAACAAGAGAAUUCCUCACAGCUGUUGUAAAGAUGUUUGAGUGAAGAGGAGGAAGCAAGCGAACCUCUCGACUGCCAGUUUAGCUGUCGGUACCUCUUCUUUUUCUGUGGAUAAAAAAAGGACAUUUAGCCAUAAUACAUGUUGUGACUCCUAGAACUUGGGUGUCAGAACAAGAUGUAUCUCUGGCUAAUCGUGCUGGCGUCCUUGUUGGCGCUUCUGAGUUUCAGUCUAGCGGGGCAAGAGCCGAGCAUUUGCAUCAAGGCUAACGCUCGCUCGUGCGAUGAGUGCAUCCAAGUGGACAAGUCAUGCGGAUGGUGCGCAGAGGAGUUUUUGUACUUUGGUGAGCCCAAAUCUACUCGCUGUGAUGACGUGGAGUCUCUGAAGGCCAGGUGGUGCAACGUGGUCAAAAUCGAGAAUCCUCGCGGUAGCAUCUUGAUCAACAAGAACAAACCCUUUUCCAACCGGAAAAACGAUGAGGAGAUCGUGCAGAUUCAGCCCCAGAAGCUCAGCCUCACCCUCAGAUCUGGUGAACCGCAGACUUUUGAUCUAAAGUUCAAGCGAGCUGAGGACUAUCCCUUAGAUGUGUACUUCUUGAUGGACCAGUCCUUCUCCAAGAAGGAUGAUCUGGACAACGCCAAGAACCUUGGCAUAGAUAUCAUAUCCCAAAUACAAAGCUUCACCUCAGACUACAGAAUCGGGUUCGGCUCAUUCGUGGGAAAGACAUUGAUGCCGGACACCAGCGUCAAUCCGUCCAGCUCCCAGAACAGCGUCAACUACAAGAACAUCCUGCAACUUACCAAUAAUGGCGACCAGUUCCACCAGCUGCUCAGCCAGCAACCGACCUCUCGAAACCUGGACGAUUCCGAAGGAGGCCCGGAUGCCAUCAUGCAGGCAGCCGUGUGCGAGGAGCAGAUCGGCUGGAGGAAUUUCACUCGUCUCCUCGUCAUCGCCACAGAAGCAAGAUUCCAUUUUGCGGAUGGAAGACAGGACAAUGGCAAGCUCUCCAAUGAUGGAAAUUGUCACCUGGAGAAUAACAUGUACACCAUGAGUCACUCCUAUGACCAUCCCUCCAUCGCCCAGCUAGUCCAGAAACUAGGGGACCACAACAUCCAAACCAUCUUUGCCGUCACAGAGGAAUUGCAACCGAUUUACAAGGAGCUGAAAAAUCAGAUUCCCGGAUCGGCUGUAGGCAUGCUGUCAUCUAACUCCAGCAAUGUGAUCAAACUCAUCAUCGACACGUACAACUCUGUGUCGUCUGAGGUAAUUCUGGGAAACAGCAGGCUCCCAAAAGGAGUUUCCAUUGCCUACAAGUCCAUCUGUAAGAAUGGCGUGGAGGGAACUGGCGAGAAGGGCAGGAAGUGCUCCGACAUCUCCAUUGGAGAUGAGGUGACGUUCAAGAUUUCCAUCGAGUCCGAGAAGUGCCCGUCGCCGUCGCAUGGCAAGCCAAAGAGCAUCAAGAUCAAACCGCUGGGCUUCACCGAGGAGGUGGAGGUGAUCCUCAACUUCAUCUGCAAGUGUCAGUGCUCGGCCCAGGGAGAGUCCAACAGCAAGAAGUGCGACGACGGCCAUGGCACAUUCGAGUGCGGCGCCUGCAAGUGUAACGAUGGUCGCAUCGGACAUCUGUGCGAGUGCAGCACGGACGAGGUUCGGACGGAGGAUAUGGACGCCAACUGCCGCAAGGACAACGGCACCGACAUCUGCAGCAACAACGGCGACUGCGUGUGCGGAACCUGCGAAUGCAAGAAGAGAGAGAUCCCCACUGAGCUCUACAGCGGAAAAUACUGCGAGUGUGACAACUUCAAUUGCGACCGCUCCAACAACAAGCUCUGCGGAGGCCACGGCCGUUGCGAGUGUCGCGUGUGCGUGUGCGACAACAACUACACGGGCAGUGCGUGCGACUGCUCGCUGGACACAUCCACCUGCCUGGCCAAGAACGGACAGAUCUGCAACGGCCGGGGAACCUGCGAGUGUGGCUUCUGCAAAUGUACCAACCCCAAGUUCCAGGGACCCACUUGCGAGAUCUGCCCCACCUGCCCCGGACUCUGCACAAUCCACAAGGAGUGCGUGCAGUGCCGAGCGUUCAAGACGGGCGAGAAGAAGGACACCUGCGAGCGUGACUGCAGUGACUUUGUCCUGAUCAAGGUGAAAGGCCACGAGAAGCUUCCUCAGCCAAAUGACCAGAGCUUCCCUGUGAUGCACUGCAAGGUGAGGGACGAUGAUGACCAGUGGUUCUUCUACACCAUCGCCAUCAGGAACAACACCAAGGAGGUCCACGUGGUCGAGAUGCCGGCAAGAGGUGUCAUGUCCAUUGGCCUGGUGACGAACUUCAAGGACAGCUUGAAGCAUCGUGUCCCCUCUUCCUCAACUGUUCUUUCCUCCAUCGUGAUGUUUGGAAUGACCAAAUGGUUAAAUCUCCUUUGUCUUUUUGCAACCUUCUCUGUCGUCACUCCUCUGUUUACAUGUUAGCUUAGCCGAUCAGAGUUCCCAUUGAACAACCAGGAACAACGGAGGAUCGUCAAGCAGAUGUUUGGAGGAAUUACAUGCUUACUAUUCAGUUCUGUCAUUUUAUGGAGAGGGCAAUUAAAGAUGACCUCACGUCAUUGGUGUAUCCAUGUCACAAAUCAAA